UUAGCCUAUUUUUUACUAAUUCUAACUCCAUUCUAAUUUUAAUGGGAACUCCAUAAAUUUGUAAAAUUUUAAUAAUCAAGAUAGACCAACUAGAUAGUAAACUAUAUAAUUUGUAUUCAAGUUGCAGCAAGUUUAAGUUGAACGAGUUUUUGCUACCUAAAGUCCAAAAUGGAUUCAAAGAGAAAGCUUACUAUUUUGUAUGGCAGUCAAACCGGAACAGCCCAAGAAGUAGCAGAAAGAAUUUGGCGAGAAGCUAGAUGUAAUCAUUUUGUCGGCCCAAUCAGAGCUUUGGAUGACUAUGAAAUCCCACAACUCAUUUUUGAGAAUGUUGUGGUUUUUGUUUGUUCCACUACUGGACAAGGCGAGCAGCCAGACAACAUGAAGAAGUUUUGGAAAUUUCUAUUGAGAAAAAACUUACCACCUGAUUCAUUAGGAAACUUGAGGUUUGGUGUCCUUGGUCUGGGUGACUCCUCAUAUGUGAAAUUUAACCAUGUAGCCAAAAAGUUGUUCCGUCGUUUGGAAGGACUCGGAGGACGGCCUCUGUGUAAGCUCGGCUUGGCUGAUGACCAGCAUGAUUUGGGAGCAGACGCCGUAGUUGAUCCUUGGAUCUCAGAACUGUGGAUGACUCUCAACAACUUGUAUCCUGUGCCGAAAAAUGUGACUCUCGGAACUAAUAGUUUCCCUCUCUCAAGAUGGCAUGUUGAAAUAGACACCUCCGAAGGACCGACGCAAGACAGUUCUGCUUUGUUGAACUGGGAAGACGACACAACAGUAGCUGAAGUCUUGUCAAACAAACGGAUCACUCAUUGUGAGCACUUCCAGGACGUAAGACUGGUCAAGUUGAAGAGCAGCCUGAUGUACUCCCCUGGUGAUGUGGUGGCAGUGAGGCCUCAGAACUCUCCUGAGUCUGUAGCUCAGCUGCUGGAGAUGCUGGCUGACCGAGGUCUGUCACCCGAGGCCAGACUGAGGGUGUCUCCCAGGGAUGAGGACAUGCCAGUGCCGCCACCACUGCAGACGAGACUCACACUGCGACAGUGCGCCCAGCAGUACUGGGACCUUAGUGCUGUUCCCAAGAGGUACGCCUUCCAGCUGCUGCGUCAGUUCACCACAUCGGAACUGGAGAAAGAGAAGCUAGAAGAGUUGAGUAGUUCUGAAGGUCAGGAAGAGUUGUACAAGUAUUGCAAUCGCCCACGCCGGACUUUACUGGAGGUGCUGUCUGACUUCCCCCAUGCCGCGGCAAACCUGCCUCUCCCGUACUGCUUCGACAUCUUCCAGCCCAUCAGACAGCGGUCGUUUUCCAUAGCUUCGUCUCCGAAAGCACACAAGGGUGAGAUGCACAUCCUGCUUGCUGUAGUGAAGUAUAAAACCAUUUUGGUGAAACCAAGACUUGGACUCUGCUCCAACUGGCUUGCGUCUCGUUCAGUGUCAGAUUGUCUGUUUACCUCUGUGAGAAAAGGCUCUUUCAUCUUUCCUCAGGAUAAGAGCAUUCCAUUACUUAUGGUGGGUCCGGGAACAGGAGUAGCUCCGUUCCGUAGUCUGGUGCAAGAGAGAGUGGCCGAAGGCUCAGCAGAUGCUCAGUCGCUACUGCUGGUGUUCGGCAACCGCAACAGAGCCGCAGACUAUCACAUGGCUGAGGAGUGGGAGGCUUUGGAGACGCAGGGGAAACUGACUGUGCUCACAGCGUUCUCCCGAGACCAGGCACACAAAAUAUACGUACAGCAUGUGAUAGAGAGAGAGAGUUGCCUGGUGUACAAUUGGCUGAGCCGCGGCUGUUGGACGUACGUGGCCGGUAGUGCUAACAACAUGCCGUCAGCUGUACGAGCCGCCCUAGUGGCCUGUGUGGAGAAGGAGGCGGGGCUUGACACAGCUCAGGCCGAGGCAUUCAUUGCGGACUUGGAGAAUAGAGGGAUGUAUCAGAUGGAGACUUGGUCGUGAUGUGUAUAAAUGUUUAAAUAUAUUUUGUUACGUGAAA